CAGCGUGUUUAUUAACUCCAGCUCGGGAAAACAUUUAGCAGGGAAAAGAAUGAAGUCUUUUGUAUUGGGAGCGGCUUUUUGAAUUCAGCUUCCUUCCACCACACCUAUUCACUAAGGCAGAGGCUUCUAGCUCCACCAGAAAAUCCACUGCUACCUUGUCUUACCAGGUUUCCUUAGGCACAACUCCAUCAUGUAGGAAGAAAGACAGAAAUAGUUGUGAGCAAGGAAGAUAGGACAGAAGGAGAAAAAGCACCCAAAAGCAGAAGCAGAAGUGCACACAUUGCAACUUGCAGUGAAGAACAACGAUGUUAGAUAUGCUUCCUGUUCCUGUGUUAGGGCUCAGCAACUUGGAACUGCCUGUUUGCCUCAGUUCUUUCUGUCCAUACCUAUCAACACGGACUGAUCGUGGAGACUAUGAAUGUGUGAUGGGCAGUGGAAACGCAUGAGGUAGAUGGGUAGAGUCAAAAGAGAAUUCACAGCUGGAAAGUCAUCAAACACUCAUUUGCUUCUAUUCUCAUCUUAAAAGAAACUUCUUCAGUUAAUUUUUCAAUUGUUUUCUUAACUGGACUUUUGAUUCUGCCACUGGUCACCUGGAAAAUAAUGAGUAGGUGGUUUCAUCGUGACCUGAGUGGCAUAGAUGCUGAGGCCUUACUCAAAGCACGAGGAAUUCAUGGCAGCUUUCUGGCUCGGCCCAGCCGGAAGAACAAGGGGGACUUUUCCCUUUCAGUCAGGGUUGGUGAUGAGGUAACUCACAUCCGUAUCCAGAAUACUGGGGAUUAUUAUGAUCUCUAUGGAGGAGAGAAAUUUGCUACUCUAUCAGAAUUGGUGGAGUAUUAUACACAGCAGCAGGGAUCCCUGCAAGAUAAAGAUGGAACCAUCAUCGAUUUGAGAUAUCCACUCAACUGCUCUGAUCCCACAACAGAAAGGUGGUACCAUGGACAUCUUUCUGGUCCAGCAGCUGAGGCUUUGCUCCAAGGCAAGACUGCACCGUGGACCUUCUUAGUGCGUGAGAGCCUUAGCAAGCCUGGUGAUUUUGUGCUGUCUGUCCUGACUGACCAGCCUAAACCUAGGACUGAUGUUACUGGAGCCCACAGCCAUGAACGACUCAAAGUUACCCAUAUCAAGAUUAUGUGUGAGAAAGGACAGUACACAAUUGGGGGUGCAGCAAGAUUCCUCAGUUUGACUGACUUAGUGGAACAUUUUAAGAAGACAGGAAUUGAGGAAGCAUCUGGAUUUUAUGUAUAUUUGAGACAGCCUUUCAAUGCCACUCGAGUGAAUGCAGCUGACAUUGAAAACAGAGUGGAAAUGCUCAAAAGGAGGAGUCAAGCAGAAGAGGCAAACAAAGGUGGUUUCUGGGAGGAAUUUGAUAGCCUACAGAAACAAGAAACGAAGAAUUUGUAUGAUCGACACGAGGGUCAAAGACCAGAAAAUAAGAGCAAGAACCGUUAUAAGAAUAUCUUGCCCUUUGACCACUCCAGAGUUAUUCUUCAAGACAGAGAUGUGAAUGUGCCUGGAUCAGAUUAUAUCAAUGCCAACUACAUCAAGGUGAGGAUUAGUUUACCCUAUAAUAUCUGGAGAAAAGAAGGGAUGGGAAUUUAUUUCUUGAGGUUUUUUAAAUCUCAUCUCUUUAUUUCUUGGCAGAAUGAACUGUUCAGUCCAGAGGAAUGCAGUAAAACCUAUAUUGCCAGCCAAGGUUGCCUGGAUGCCACCGUUAAUGAUUUCUGGCAGAUGAUAUGGCAAGAAAAUUCACGCAUCAUUGUGAUGACCACUCGGGAAGUGGAAAAAGGACGGAAUAAAUGUGUCCCCUACUGGCCAGAAGUAGGAAGCAGCAAAGAGUACGGACCAUAUAUUGUGGAAAAUGUUGGAGAUCGUGAGGCGAUAGACUAUAAACUCCGACAACUUCGGCUUUCACCAAUCAAUGAUGGUGAGGCUGUGAGAGACAUCUGGCAUUACCAGUUCCUGAGCUGGCCAGACCACGGAGUGCCCAGUGAACCUGGAGGAGUUCUCAACUUCCUAGAUGAAAUCAACCGGAUGCAAGACGGUGUCCCAAGAGCUGGACCCAUAGUAGUGCACUGCAGUGCUGGGAUUGGUCGCACUGGGACCAUCAUUGUCAUUGAUAUGACUGUGGAUAUGAUUUCCACCAAAGGACUGGACUGUGAUAUAGAUAUUCCAAAGGCCAUUCAAAUGGUCCGGUCGCAACGCUCAGGAAUGGUGCAGACUGAAGCUCAAUACAAGUUCAUCUAUAUGGCCAUAUGCCAAUUUAUAGAGGUCACCAAAAAGAAACGGGACAUUAUGCAGUUUCCGAAAGGAAGACUAAAUGAAUCAGAAUAUGGGAAUCUCACCUACCCACUUGCCCAGAAGACCUCACACCCAAAGGUUUCUAGAAAAUCUUCCAGGCAAAGGGAGGAACCAACCCUCUAUGAGAAUUUAGACAACAUGAAAGGGAAAAAAGAAGAGAAGGGUCAAAAACCAUGGCCAUCUGGGAAAGAAAAGAAACCUAAAGGCUCUUUGAAGAAAAAGUAGCCAUCAUUGGCUCCAUUUGCAGUGAACAUUUGUCCUCGCUAAUAACAAUUUUGUCUAGAGGUUUACAGAAUUGUACAGGGCUGUCCAUAUUUUGGUCACUGCAUGGAAAAACUCAGCUGGCACUUUCUCCUUUCAUCACUUCAUUCUCACUUGCCCCCUUACCUACAUUAUUUUAAAUUAUCAUAGGCCUCUUAGAUGUUUAUUUCAUUUGCAUGUAGAAUCUUGCACCCACUGUGAUUGUGCAGGUUGGGGUUCUCAGCCACCAAUUUAUUGCCUUGACUCCUUUAUUACCUCCUAAAAUGCCCCAUUUUUCAGCACAUCUACUAGCUAGAUCUCUGCUGUUUUUGAGUCCAUGCAAAGUACCUUGUUCUUUAGUCUAAAGAGUAAAACACCUGCUUGUGUUGCCUAGACCUCUCCUAAGACGGCCUAAUCCUUCCCAUUUUUUAGAAUGUACCCCUUAGUAGGUGAUACAAAGCUUACUAUGGAUCUGGAGCUGGCAAACCUUGCACUUUUGCUUUGGGUCAUUCCACUUAUUGGACCCAGAGGCUGAAUACAGUGCUUUUCAAUAAGCAUUACUUCCUUAGCUUAAGCUUUCUAAUCCAGUUUCUUCCUACUGUUUGUUUGAAAUUUCAUCGGAUCAAAGCUGACCAUGUUCCAUUUACAACUGGGAACCACAAGCUCAACAGCUAUCUGUUUAUUCACCAACCUUUUGGCAAUUGCACUCUGUAAAUAAUAGAUUGGAUUGCUUUACUCUGUAAAUAAACCAGAUAUUUGUUUGG